AUGAUAUUUACUCUUUUCCUGUUGAGGAACAACUUAAUUACAUUUAAGGUAAAUUCAACAUGUUUGUAGAUUGAGGAUUACCUUAUAAAUGUGAGUGCUUUCAUCCAGGAUAUACAUGUGAAACCCAAAUACUUCGCAUGUAUAAUUACUUUUUAUAAAAAGGUUUCCGAUCUUAUUCUCUCAAAACGCUAAAGUCUAUCUUCCAGUUCAUUUGCUGCCUUUCUUGAUUUAUAAGCGGAAAGCUUUUUUUAAAAAGUAAUUUUGAGCUUUUCAUACUUAAGUCCGAUUAGCACGAUUGCGAGAUCGUUGUAUUCAUAUACAAAGAGUGUGUUGUUUUUAACACUUAUGGUUUAAAUAAUGAGAUACAAUUGGUGCAAAUAGGUAAGAUUUCGUAAUACGGUUGACCCGUUCAUCCCAAUAUCUGGUGGUUUGAUGGGAGCUUUUGCUUUGUUGUUGGAAUCGAAAACGAGGGCUUAGGAAAUAAUGCUGAGUAUAGUGCCUCGAUAUUUUGAGACUAUCUUGAAUCUAUUGAAGAGAAAGGGUUGGAUGAAAAUUAUUCCUAAAGGAGAUGUGUUGGUAUUUGCAAUGAUAUUGGCAAUCAUUCAUUAUUAUUAUUAACAUGAUCCCAAGGCUUUGAAAACGACUUAUAGAGGAAUGUUUGCUAAAUUUUGGGGGAAGAAUUGA